AUGGGAAACAGCACACAGGUGACAGAAUUUGUACUCACUGGGUUGACCGAUGACCCACAGUUGCAGCUGAUCCUCUUUGUGACUUUUUUUGCUGUUUACGCCAUCACUCUGGUGGGGAAUGUGGGCAUGAUUGCCUUAAUCAGGACCAGUCCUCAACUCCACACACCUAUGUACUUUUUCCUCACCAACCUAUCGUUCUUGGAUAUCUGCUAUUCAUCGUCUGUCACUCCAAAGUUCCUAUCCAAUCUUCUAAAAGGGAAUAAAGUUAUUUCUUUUGCAGGUUGCUUUACUCAGCUUUACUUUUAUGGCCUGUUUGCCACCACAGAGUGUUACAUCCUAGCUGUGAUGGCCUAUGACCGCUAUGUGGCAAUCUGCAAUCCUCUACUCUACUUGGUCACCAUGUCCCCAAAAAAGUGUGUCCAGCUUAUAGCAUUUUCUUAUAUUGCUGGGAUCAUAAAUGCUUUGGUGCACACAACUGCUGCAUCUCAGUUAUCCUACUGUGGUCCAAACGUCAUUAAGAAUUUUUAUUGUGAAGUUCCUCCCCUAUUAGAACUUGCCUGUUCCAACAUUAUCUUUAAUGAUCUGUUGAGGUUUAUAUUUGUUGGGUUCAAUGUAAUAACAACCAGCCUGACCAUCCUCACCUCUUACAUUUACAUCCUGGUCACUGUUUCAAAGGACCGCUCUGCCAAGAGCCGUAGGAAAGCCCUGUCCACUUGUACCUCUCAUCUCACGGUCAUUGGUAUUUUCUAUGGAUGUGGUAGUUUCAUCUACGCACAGCCAAGCUCUAGACGGUCUCAGCACCUAGACCAAAUGGCUUCUGUGUUCUAUGUAGUGGUGACCCCCAUGCUCAAUCCGUUAAUCUACAGCAUGAGGAACCAGGAGGUAAGGGGUGCUUUCAGAAAUGUCCUAGCAAGAACAUUUCAUGUUCAACAUAUAUGA